AUGACUCAGAAGAUCCCGCGAGCCGUCCUCAACACUUUCCCGAACGGCAGGCCGGCGCGAUCAAGGAGUCUCUACGGCGAGCUCUAUCGAAGGAUCGAUAGAAUCGCUCCCCCGGCGACCCCGUUCGACCCUCCUCCGGCGCCCCGUCUCUCCGAUCUCAGUCCCGCCUUGCUCGGCCGGAUCCUCUCCGACCCUCAUUUGCAUUCCUCGAAAUGCCUGGCCUUCUUCGGGUACCUCCUCGACAACCAGCCCUCCCUCUCGUUCCGUCCGAAUCUACGGUCGCACCUGAUCCUAGCUUGCAGGCUUCUCAAAGCCACGAACUUUAGCGCAGCGGAGCGUCUGUUGAGAUCCGUGAUGAUGAACCGAAGCGGCCCGCAUCCGUUUACGGCCAUCGCGUGCGUGAUCGAGAAAUGUUGCGUUAAGGCGCGAAUCAGAGCGAAGCUGCUCGAGAUGAUGUUUAAAGUUUACUCAGAACACGGGUUAUUUGAUCAGGCUUCGCAGGCAUUUGAUUAUAUGAGAAAGAGGGGAGUUCAGAUAAAUGAGAGGGCGUGUACUGUGCACUUGCUUGCCCUGAAGAGAUCUGAUCAGGUCGGGUUGUGCGUGGAGUUUUUCAGCAAGAUGGUGGAGUCGGGUAUUGGGAUUUCUGUGUACUCUUUGACUGUUGUGGUUGAUGGGUUGUGUAGGAACGGAGCGGUCAAGAUGGCUAGGGAGUUGGUGGAACAAAUGUCAAAAAAACGUGUAGAACCAAACAUUGUCACGUUCAAUACAAUCAUAGAUGCUUGUGUGAAGUGGUGGAAUUUUCGCGAAUUGGACUUGGUGUUGCUCCUGAUGCAAAAGGAAGGAGUCGAAUUCAAUCCCGACACGUAUAUAUUCCUAAUCGGUGGGUACACGAGCUUCGGACGGGCGAAGGAGGCCGAGAAGUUGAUAGUGAAAAUGAAUGAUCUCGGUUUGGAAGUCGACACCCAUUUGUAUAAUCUGACUAUCUGUGCAUUCGGUAAAGUAGGGUCCGCAAGAAGCGCUGUUAAGCUGUUUGAUGAAAUGACUAAUAGAGGUGUUGAGAAGAAUGCCGACACGUACUGGGCUUUGAUUAAGGGGCUCUGCGAAGUUGGAGAGAUUGAGGAGGUUAUUCUAUACGUCGGUGAGAUGCGGAGAAAGGGAAUUCAAAUGGGCGAGGUUAUGAUGGAGAGAGUAGUAGAUGCUUUUUGCAAGAGAGGGAUGGUAGAUGCAGCUUACAAUUUUCUUGUUGACACGGAGAAGACAGAGACUAAGAGCUGA